AUGUAUUUUGGAGCACAAGGAAGUACAGAACAAGCCACUACAGCGUAUGCCGAAACUUCAGGGCCGUCGCCGCUUCAAGUCGCCAGCUUGCACAUCAGCAACGCAUUCGAACUACCAUCACGAGCCAUACAGGACUGCUACAUUGAUUACUUCUUCAGGUAUUGCUUUCAGUGUGCGCCUCUCGUCAAGCGAAGUUGGCUUGAGCAGACAGCAACGCACACGCCUUCCAUACUACUCCUGCAGACGGUCCUUUUCACCGGCAGCCGGUUUGCAUCGUCCGUCGACCUGGAGGCUACAGCCAGCCAUUACACGAAGGUCAAGAACCUGUUCUUUUCAAAUCAUGAGCAAAAUCCAAUCCUACUCAUUGUGGCGAGCUUGCUACUUCAGUGGUGGAAUCCCGCUGGACCCGAAAGGUUCUCCAUGGACAAUGCUGACUUCUGGCACCGCAUCGGCGUGGGAAUAGCUUUGCAGCUUGGGAUACACAAUGAGAAGCCGGCCAUGAAGGACUCUGCGUAUCGCAAGAGGCUGUGGUGGGCACUAGUGGCUCGCGACUGCCAUUUAGCGACGGCUCAUGGGAGGCCGAGAGCCAUUGCUACGGAUGAGUCGACCGUGUCAAAACUCUCCCUCGCUGACUUUCCAUCUGGCAAAGCUGGCGCAUAUGAAGUGAUGACCUACGUUGCAGUCUCUCAGAUUUUCGGCAACAUCGGCGAGUGCUAUAGACGUAGCGCAAUCACGGAAGAGCGGCUCAAGUCAGUCGGCAACGAUCUCUAUGUCUGGCUCCAUGAACUUCCGUGCCAUCUCCAACUUUUCAACCAGGAGCUGGGCGCAGGUCUGAACACAUACGACUUCGUAUCUCGACAGAUACAUGUGAUUUACUUUACGACCUUGAUUCUGCUCCUCCGUGCGUACUCUCCGACUGCCAAAGGCGCCGUGUUGGCAGCAUCCUUCAUCGCAGCUAUUUUUGAGGAAUUCCUCAUACGGGACGAAGUCAGGUACUUGCCAGCUAUCUAUAAGUUCUUUCUGCUUACUGCAGGCAUAACACUUGUGCCGGCGAGGAACAAAUUCACUGAGGAGAUCAAUGAUGCCUCGGCGGAUCUCGCAAUCAUCAAGAAGGCUUUGAGAAGCUUCGCAGAACGACACCCUUCUGCGUUAGCAAGUCUACAUACACUGGAACGUAUGGAGAGAUCGUUUGGCAAAUCUGCUCAAGGACCAGAUGCGCCCGCAGCACUGGACGGCAGCCCGCGGAUGUUCUUUCGGACAUUCGGAUCUGGACUGUGUCGGCAAUGGCGUCUUUUUGAGCAAUAUUCAUCAGAAAAUAUCGUGCAAGAAGCUAGCGACUUCCCGUCCUGUGGCUUCACAGUGCCCAACAACCGAGCCCUCGCAGACCUGGCAGACGACAAGGGACAGGAUAUCGAUAUAUCAGAAACCAACGGUAACCAGGCAGCCCCUACAGAUUUCUUUGAGGGUGGUGCUGGAGCCGGUGACUUGAUCUUGCCACUGCAAUGCCACCGCAAAGUUGCAGAACUCGCGGUCAUGCCCCCUUCUCCUGGAGCACGAGACAUCGCUAUGUCGACCAAGUCGGACAAUGUCUCAUCAGACGCCGAGGAAGAGAACAGCGACCAGCCAUUCCGCCUUCUCGAUCUGCCGCCAGAGCUAUGGGUGAGAAUCGGAAAAUACGCCAUAGACGGAGCCGCCAAUGUCACUGAUCACAACUUUCUGAGUGGUUGCGACUUGAAGCAUACCAAGUGGUCAUCAGAAAAAGAGGCACGCGCAGGACUCAUUCAACCGGCUAUCACCAAGACAUGCCAGGAAAUGUGCCACGAGCUGUUGCCAUACUACUACCAAACCAAGUUUCGGGUGUCGUUUGGGUCUUUCGGUUUGUUGAGCAGAGUCCAUCGAUCCUUCGGAGACUGGCUGCGCUCUGGGUGCGGUGUACACUUUCAUCGCAUUCAGAACAACCUUCACGUGGAGCUGAUCGACGAGGAUGAGGAGAGGCGCGAGAUGGAGAUGAAAAUGGCCAGGUGGAAUAUCGCGGUCAAGCUGGAACAGAUCAAAGUGUUCUGGGCGGACGACCGCUAUCCCUAUCAUCGAGUCUGGUUGCGAAUGGUGGAGUACAGGAUCAAGCUCGUAUAG